AUGGAGACCGAAGCAUACCACGUGAACCCCGAAACCAGUGGUGACUGGGUGGGGACGGUGGCCAGCCUGGGAGCGGUGGUGGGCCUUAAUGGGGGUGUGGGACGAGGAGGAGGAGGGGCAGGGGGAGGAGGAGGAGGGGGAGGGGGGGGCUCGACUAGCACCUCCGCCUCCUGGCACAUGCCCUACCCGCUGGGCUUCCAGGUGUCCCUGACGGCGCUGCUGAUGGUCGAGCUGGUGCUGGGCUUCAGCAGCAACCUGACGGUGCUGGUGCUGUACUGCUCCCAGUCCGACCUGGUGCACUCCGUCAGCAACCUGGUGACGGCCAACCUGCACGUGCUGGACGUGGCGCUGUGCGUGUUGUGCCUGCCCCUCACCCUGGUCAUCGUCCUCCUCCCCCCGGGGCCCAACUUCGCCACGCUCUGCUGCUUCCACGAGGCGUGCGUCACCUUCGCCAGCAUCGCCACCGCCAUCAACAUCCUGGUCAUCAGCCUGGACCGCUACGACAUCUCGGUGCGGCCCGUCAACCGGCUGCUGACCACGCGCCGGGCACUGCUGCUGCUGGCCGGCGUCUGGCUGACCUCCGUGGCCGUGUUCUUCAUCCCCUUCCUGGAGGUGCGGUUCUUCAGCCCGGGAGGGGAUGCGGAGGGCGACCCGGCGGGGACACACUCGACGUCCUCGUCGUCCUCGUCUUCUAACCACACGCUGCUGUGUGUGGGGGGAGAGGCCUACCACACGGGCCUCGGGAUGUACUACCACCUGGUGCUGCAGGUGCCCAUCUUCUUCGCCACGCUGGCGGUGAUGCUGUUCACCUACUCCCGCAUCCUGAAGGCCCUGAACAUCCGCAUCGGCUCCCACAUCAGGACGGGCGGCCGCUUCCGGGGCCCCGACUGCAGGGGCCGCCGUAAGAAGCCGACGGCGAGAGGAGCGGCGGACGGCGGUGAGGGGGGGAGGGGGGAGAGGUGCACCGCCGACGGCUCAAAGCAGCUCAGCCACCCCCCCCUCAUCCAGUCCUCCUCCCCCACGCCGACGGCCACCUCCCCGCCGGCGCUGUCCUCCUCCGUCAGUCUGGUGGCCCCCCCCCAGCGGGGGGGGGGCACCAGACUGACGGGGGGGGGACCUGCCGCCGCCCCUGGCCCCGCCCCCCUCGGCGUCCAGGCCUCGGUGUCCGCCAUCAUGGCCCUGCGGCGGGCGGUGAGGCGCCACAGGGACCGGCGGGAGCGCCAGCGCCACGUCUUCAAGAUGUCCCUGGUCAUCAUCAGCACCUACCUGGGCUGCUGGGCGCCGCUGACGCUCGUCAACGUGCUGAUCCUGGCGGCGGGGCCCGGCGACGGCCUGGUCAGCGCGCGCCUGUGGUGCCUGGCGCUGGCCUACGGCACCACCGUCUCCCACCCGCUGCUGUACGCCUUCACCCGGCAGACCCUGCGGCGGGCGCUGCGGGCCAAGGUGAAGAAGCGGGUGGUGUCCCUGCUGCAGGUGGACCCGUCGCCGGGCGGCACCGUCAUCCACAACUCCUGGGUGGAGAACAAGAAGAGCGGGAGGCAGGUGCACCUGGAGGCCAGCGAGGCCACCGACCGCUGCCUGGCGGAGGUGUGA